AAAAUAUAAACUAUCCAGACCCUCCAUUUUCCAUGGGCUCAUCAUAUGGUUGCUCUUUCUACCGCGACAUGCUCCAUUCCCCUAUAAAACCCGAUCCCACUUUCCUCUUCCCUACAAGUGAAUUUCAUUCUCCCGACUCUUACUCAUAUGGAUUGCAAACAUGAUAGCAAAGAAUAUCAAGACUUGCUACCUGUCAUGGCAGAUAAGCUAGAUGUAAAUUCCUUUGUUUCCGAACUUUGUGGUGGCUUCCUGGUUCUGGCGGAUCAGGCUAAAGGGUUGAUCACCCCAACAAGUCUGCAAAAGAAUUGUGCUCUUCUGGGGCUAGAAGGGAUGAGUGAAGACGACGCAGAAGCUAUGGUACAAGAAGGGGACCUAGACGGGGAUGGAGCGCUCAAUGAAACUGAAUUUUGCAUUCUUAUGGUUAGACUCAGCCCAGGUAUGAUGGAAGAUGCUGAGACUUGGCUUGAUAAAGCCAUUCAAGGGGAGUUGCAGGGAACUUCAUCUUGAUUCUCUACACUCCUUUACUAGCCCUUCCUUUCCAUUUUGAUGAUGAUGCAUUCAGCUUUACUCCCUUCCAACCCUGUAUUGUUUGUACAUAGAUCAUGAAUUAUAGAGAUGCAUCUAUGAUUCCCAGUUGAGGACCUAAAAAGUGUGUGUGUUUGAGGUACCAGCAAUUCUUAAUAGAAACUAUGCAACAUGUGCUGUCCUCAGUUUUAUUUUCUAUCAAUCUCUAGUAAGAAAAAAUCAUUACGUUCA